CCGAAUACGUUAGUGGUUUGACGAGAGACAGCCCAAGGAACCAGUUAAUUACUCGCAUGCGUUUCUCGCUGAGUACCGACAGUGGCAACCGGCCAGGACGCCUCUCACCUGAGCUAUGGUGGCCCUGUAGACUAGUUUUUUACGGAAGGUGUUUGAAGUGACGUACAAGACGAAGGUGACGACUAUACAUCAAGGUCAGCACUAGGCUCAAUGGCAAACGGCGGGGGACAAAACGGAAACAGGAAUGGCGGAGGUCGAAACGGGAAUGGAGGUGGAGGGAACCAAAACGCUGGUAAUGGAAACGGCGACGAAGGGAAUGGUGGAAAUUGGAAUGGUAGAGGGUGAGGUGGCAACGGGAAUAACGGAGGGGGCAGCUGAAACAAUGGCGGUAGCAAUGGUGGUAACUGGAAUAAUGGCGGCGAUCAUUGGAAUGGUAAUGGUGGUAGUAAUGGAGUGUGGAACCACAACGGCAGUAGUAGCGAAGGAGGUAGCAGUGAUUGGAGGAGGUCAGUCCGGUGCUAUAAUUGCAACCGAUUUGACCACAUCGGUCGAGAAUGCAAUGCACCACGCCAGAACGAAGGGGGUGGAAACGGGAAUAACCAUGGACCUCGAGGAGGAGGUAGUACCUGGAGGCUGGAACAAUAACGAAGGUAAUUGGGGUGGUGGCAAUAACUAGAAUGGAAACGGAGGGAAUUGGGAAAAUGGUGGAAGUUGGAUCGGAAGAAACUGGGGUACUGACGAAAACUGGAAUGGGAACGGAGGAAACGGGGGAGGUGGCCGACAACAGAACGAGGGAGCUAGCAGCUCGAAUGCGUUAGCUGAACCAGCAGUCGCGAUUGGGAUGAGUAAGGAUUUGGAGGAAUCACUGAAGGCAUGUAUACGAAGAAACAGAUGGAAAAAGAGAACGACGUGAAGCAGAGAUAAAAGAAGCGGAAGAGC